AUGUCGUGGUCGGGUUGCGCGAACCUCCAUCACCCAAGGGUUACGUCGCCGCUCGCUCACAAUGUGAUCACCGCCUCUGAUCCAAGCAGUUACUUCGCCGACCCUGGUAGUCCAUGUGACAGUGCUGCUGCCUCUGCUGCGUCUUCCCCUUCACCUCCGCCUUCUCCAGGUCUUCAACUCCCGAGAUUGACAACCACGAUCAAGCGCCCAAGGAAGGCUCUCAAUGGUGUUGCGCUCCCAGAAGUCGAAGAAGCGGAGGUCGAGGAGGCACGGGCUUCACCGGAAAUUGCUUCGCAAGGGAGUCCCAGGGAGGGCGAAGACGGCCCACUUUCGCCACGCGACCAUAAAUACGCAGUGCUUCAACCAGCAGCACCACCUUCAACAAACACGCCAUCAACAGCACCGCUCGCAUCCCUAGCCCUUGCCGCGGUCUCAGAACAGGCGACAUCACAGCCACUGCAAUCGAACCUCGACCCGCAGCUCUUCCUUUCGAACUUUCGAAGCUAUGAAACGACAAGCCCGACGCUACCAGGGAGCAAGCCAUCAGACAACGGAAAUAAUGAUGCAACGUCGCCCGACCUCAGUUCCGACAACGAACGUCUGUCGGAUCCUACCACCACGACUUCACUCUCCGAACACCACGCAUCACUGACAUCGCCACAAAGCCUCAAGCGCAAAGCCAGCGAGCUGGAAGGCCAUGAGGACGAGGAGGUUGUUGCGACGACGGAGCUAGAGGAGGGCGAGAUAAGAGGAGCUGAGGACGAUAAUAGCGGAGCGGAGUACGAGGAUGAGUACGAUGGCGAAGGCGAGGACCAGUAUGAGCCACUGGCAUCCUUCUCACCAAAGCGGCACAAGAGUCGUCGUGCAGUGGAAGAUAGUGCCCAAUGGCGGAGAAUAGUAGCCGAAAAUAUGCGGUAUGCCUUUUACUUGGAGGAGCCGGAGGGUGAUGGGGCGAGGCUGGAAGCAUGA